UUAGGCCCUGGUGCUAAGCCUGGUACUAUCCCUACUGAUAUUGAGCAGUCUACUGGUUUGGAACGUAUGGAAUUAUUGGCUAAAUUGGAAGGAAAAGAACUCUUUGACAUGGAACCUUUGAACAUGACUCACCUUGGUACUGUCAAGAACCCUAUUGUUGUCAAGUCUCAUGACCCCAUUCGUUUCGUUGGAUGCACUGGUUUCCCUGCUGAAUCUCACGAAACCAUUUGGAUCAACUUGGACAAGUCCCACGAACACGACCGCUGCCCUGAAUGUGGUUCCGUGUAUGUUAUGGAUUUCGUUGGCUCUGAAGAUGCUCACCACCACUAA